AUGGCCUUUUACGCAGACGUGUACCUAAUCGGAACGGUCAUGCUGAUAUUCGGCAUGGGCCUGUACGACCUCUUCAUCCAUAACUUCAACGUCGAGGCCGCGACCUCCGACGACGGCGCACACCGCUCCGCACACGGCGCAAGCCACACCCGCAAGUCAGCGUCAUCCGCGGACGCUCCUCUCCCCACCCACGCGCAACAACAACAGCAGCAACACCAGCAGCAGCGGCAGCACCGCGCGAAGGGCCGUGCGCGCGGGGAAGGAGCGCGCAGAAGCCUCGGUUCGAACCUGUUCGGCCUGUUCCGCCUGCAGUCGCGGCCGUCGUGGCUGGAAGUAAGCUCGCUGGACGAAAUGAAGACGAAGCUCGGGCACGUGAUCGUGAUGAUUCUACUUGUGGGCACGUUCGAGAAGAGCAAGAAGGUGGUUGUUGCCACGUCCAUGGAUUUUCUGUGCUUCUCCCUGGGAGUCUGCUUUGCUGCAGGGUGCCUGUUUCUGCUGACGAAGCUGCACCUGCAUCACGGGCAGGAGCAUGGCGGGCAGGGGAAUCAUGGUGGUGGCCAGAAGAAUUCUCAGGGUCAGGGCCACGGUGCUGCUGCUGGCGCCGCUGCUGCUGGUGCUGUCGAGCAUGUGAAUGGGCACAUUAACGGGCAUGUGAACGGGCAGGUGAACGGGCAUGUGUACAUGCAUGCGUACGCAUCCCCAGAGUGUGUGAUGAGCGGUGGGAAUCAUAUGCAGUACCAUGGGUACAUGACCGGUUAUGGGCAUGCGAACGGGCAUGCCUAUGAUCACUUGAGCGAGCAUUUGAACGGUCGUGCGAACGGGCAUCAGAACGGGCAGCCGAACGGGCACGAUGUGAACGGCGUGCGGCACAUUAGUGAACCCCACCACACAGGAGUCUAG